CAAAUCGUCUCUAUCUUCUUUCCCGAGCUACUGGCCAAUUGGCCAUGUGUGGACGGUGAUGUGAUCAUGACAAAAUGGCUACACGCAAAUGGCUGCCAACUGCUCCAGCCCCCGGCUCCGCUUUUGACAUCAGCGUAUGAGUUUCUACAUGGUGCUUCUAGAAAAGUACUGGUACUUUUCCAAGAUUUCUACACUUAUCCCAGCGAGUAAACAAAUCCGACUAUUGAGAUACCCCAGGAGACUUGCGGGGUUGAUCUCGCCAACCCCGCACGCCAUCAAAAUGACAGACCAAAAGCAGAAAAGAAAUGUCGUCUCGUCGCUCAUCUUCACGUUCCCAGAUGACGACUCCUCCAAGCCCAAGGUAGCUCUAUUCCGCCGCAGCGACAAAGUAAGGACGUAUCCCCAUCACCUCGCCCCCAUCUCCGGUAACAUCGACCCAACCGACAAAGACCCCCUCACAGCCGCCUGGCGCGAGCUCCACGAAGAGACAACCCUCACGCCCGCAAACCUAACCCUCUGGCGCAUCGGGAAACCAUUCACCUUCGGCGACCCCACCCUCAACCGCGAAUGGACCGUCCACCCCUUCGCCUUCAAACUCAAGCCCGCAAGCCACGGCGGCCAAGGCGAGGCAGCCAUACGCACCGACUGGGAGCACGAAAGCUGGGAAUGGCACGCUCCGGCCUCCAUCAUCGAUGACGAGGCCUUUGGCGGCGUCCCGCGCCUCCAUGAGACGCUGCGCCGAGUCUUCCCCGAGUGCGAGAUGGACGAGCGCGCGGGGGAGGCCCUAGCGAGGGGACUCAAAACGCUGCGAGAGGACCAUAAGAGCGGGGCGCACGAGCUGACGAGUAUCGCGCUGGUGACCUUCCGGGACAUCAUCGCGCAGACGCACGAGAUAGACGAGAAGUGGUGGAGGACGGUGCGUUUGGCUGCAUGGCAUCUGAUCAAGAACGGCCGGGAGAGCAUGGGCGCCGCGACGCUCAACGCGCUCCUCUCAAUCCUAGUAGCGCUAGACGAGAUCUUGGACCAUCCAGCGCCGCCGGGCACCGAGCAGGAGCAGAAACGGGAGCGGAUACUCUCGACCAUCGACUCGCACAUCGCAAAUCGGAAAGCCAACACCACCCGCCUCAAGGACGCAUUCACGUCCUACAUCCGAUCCGCAUUCCUGACGGUGGCGCCAGACCGAGACAGAAUCACCAUGCUCACCUUAUCCGCCAGCUCCACGACGCGAAACAUCAUCCUCGACGCCUUCGCCUCGCUAGACAUCCCCACGCUCGAACUGCGGAUCCUCGAAUCAAGACCGCUCUUCGAAGGCGCUACCCUCGCCUCGUCCAUCUACUCCCGCUUCGAAUCUGAGUUCCGCUCGAGGCCGGACAAGAGACUCGAUAUCAAGAUUUACACGGAUGCAGCGGCUGCGUUGGCCGCACAGGACAUCGAUAUCGUCCUCCUCGGUGCGGACCGGAUCUGUUCGUCCAAGGGCGUAAGUAACAAAACUGGGUCAUUGCCCGUGGUGCUCAGCGCGAAGCAUGUUACACCAAGCGCAAAGAUCCUUGUUCUCAGUCAGCUGGAAAAGGUGGUUGGGGACGACGGGAUACUGGAAGAUAAGGUUGAGGAUAAUGACCCCGAAGAGGUAUUUAGUGUGUGGCGCAAUGAGGGGGUCGAGGGCACACAGGUGCUUGAAGAUAGCUCGGCUAGGUGCGGGGCAGACAGGGACAAUUCGGCCACUGUCCAAGUCAAGAAUAUCUAUUUCGAAUGGGUUCCGUUGACGUUGGUGGACGCCUUUGUGAGCGAUGAAGGGGUCCUCGAUGAGACAACCAUCAAAAACAAGUCACAGCAGCUAGAAAAGCUGGCAUGCAAAUACUUUGAUGACUUAUGAUUCGACAUAAUUUACCAAAUCGACGUCGUCUAUUGUCCAUCAAUCCAGUAGAUUCUUCACUAUGUACAUCAAAUCCAGCACCAAAGCCAAAGGGAAAGCGUCACAGAAUGGUAGUAUCUUCAAACAGCUAAUGGCAAAGCAACUCCAAACACCGGCUGAUCAAAGGCCUGC